CGUGUGAAGAGCUCGUUUUGACACAGCCUCCUACGUAACCGUAGACUCUUCGGUAGCCACGGCCCUCUUUUAAAGUUCCUGGGGGACGAGCGAAGGAACCCGGACAAAUCGAAGGAAAGGGGCCAAGAUUGAGCUCGGAGAAUAUACAUCUACACAUUAUUCACCCCAGAAAGACUAUCGUCAAACUGAAGACAAGGUGCAACACGGAAAACCAAGGUCUUGACUGCCCGAGAACGUCAGAAAAUAAAGAAAAUGGCGGAGCCAGACAAAUUAAACAUCGACUCUAUAAUUCAGCGUCUGUUGGAAGUCAAGGGCUCUCGACCAGGGAAGAAUGUCCAGCUGACCGAGGGGGAGAUCCGUGGCCUUUGCCUAAAGUCCCGUGAAAUCUUCCUGAGCCAGCCAAUCCUGCUUGAACUAGAGGCUCCCCUCAAAAUCUGUGGUGAUGUCCAUGGUCAGUACUACGAUCUGCUUCGGCUGUUUGAAUAUGGAGGCUUCCCCCCAGAAAGCAACUACCUGUUCCUGGGUGACUACGUAGACCGAGGGAAGCAGUCACUGGAGACCAUCUGCCUGCUUCUAGCCUACAAAAUCAAAUAUCCAGAGAAUUUUUUCCUGCUGCGUGGAAACCAUGAAUGCGCAUCCAUUAAUCGAAUCUACGGCUUUUAUGACGAGUGUAAGCGAAGGUAUAACAUAAAGCUGUGGAAGACCUUCACAGACUGCUUCAACUGUUUACCCGUGGCUGCCAUAGUAGAUGAGAAAAUCUUCUGCUGUCAUGGAGGCCUCUCUCCUGAUCUUCAGUCUAUGGAGCAGAUCCGCAGAGUCAUGCGACCCACAGACGUGCCUGACCAGGGUCUGUUGUGUGACCUGCUGUGGGCUGAUCCAGACAAAGAUGUGCUUGGCUGGGGUGAAAACGACCGCGGCGUCUCCUUCACAUUCGGGGCAGAUGUGGUGGCCAAAUUUUUGCACAAACACGACAUGGACCUAAUAUGCAGGGCACAUCAGGUGGUAGAAGACGGUUAUGAGUUCUUCGCUAAGAGGCAACUCGUCACCUUAUUCUCUGCUCCCAACUACUGUGGAGAGUUCGACAACGCCGGUGCCAUGAUGAGUGUGGAUGAGACACUCAUGUGCUCCUUCCAGAUUCUGAAGCCAGCAGAUAAGAAAUUGUAUCCUUAUGGCGGAGGGGGAGGGAUGGGAUCUGGGAGACCGGUCACCCCGCCACGAAAUUCGGCAAAGGCCGCCAAGGCCAAGAAAUAACAGCCGCUGGAUUUCCCCCCCCUCUGUCCGCAUCACACUUUCUUUUUUUUUUUUUUUCUUCCCCUAUACCUCCCAAACUUGUUUCUCCCUGGUCAACAAGUGGCAUCAAAGCAAGCAAGUGUCCAGGGUUCAAUCAUGCUUUUUCUCGCUCUAAAACUAUUUUUAACUGUUUGUUUGGCUGUUUGCGUGCACUUUUUUUGUGUGAGUGUAAAAAAGUGGGAAUGAAUUGCUGUAUUCUGUAUGUAUGUUUUUUGUUUUGUUUUUUUUCUUCCUCCUGUACCCUCUGUUCUGUUUUACUGUCAUUUUGUAGAGAUGGGUUCUUGCCCAUCUGUGAUGUAAUUUCAAUCCUGGGUGCAGGGGAGGAGCAGGAGAGAGGAAGAGGAGCCUUAGCUGUUUAUGUUGAGGCUCUGCACUGUUUAAUGCUAAACACAAGCUUUUGUACAUCCUGUUUCAGAGGUCUGUGUAUGUCUGUGAUGGAGGGGGUGGGGGGGGUUGGGAUCAAGUUGCACGGUCAAACGGUAACGGCACAUACCACACACGUGCACAUACCACACACACGCACACACACACACACUGGGCACACAGGUGCAUACAUGUGCAGCUGAAUCCUUCAAUGCAUUUUUUUCUUUACCCUUUCGUAAACCAAUGAUUUGAGAACGCAGUCAUGGAUGUGAAAUAGUUUUGCUUCUUUUCUUUUGUAGAUACAUGGUUUGAUUUCUUUCUUGUUUUUGUUUUUAGUUCACUGCAAGUUGAAGAUGAAUAAAAAUAAUCAUUUAUUUGAAUCAUGCCAUCAUGCUGAUCACUUUGUGUUUGCCAUUGCUUUGUCACGUUUGUCAACGGUCUGCCAUGAAUGGUGGCUGUGCGUGUCUGUUAGUGGUAGCUUGAAUGACAGCAGCUGGAGGAGUCUUGUGAAUGAGACUCUCAACAUGGAAGCUGGAAGAUUUAAUUUUGGCCCAGUUUAUACUUCAUUCAAACACAGGGGCAUUUCACAUGUUGCUUCAGUGUGAUUUAGCCAAAGAUGAUGUUUGGUGACUGUAGGAGAGGACAGCCAACGCUGCUCUCAACCAGAUGUUGCCUUCCAAACCAAAUCAAUAUUUGGUUUGGAAGGUCUUCGAUGCAAAAUGUCUAUUUUUUUCUAAUGAUUGUUGGAUGAUUAUGAAAUUUAACUUAAGCAGGACGACUAGGAGGAACGGGAAGUGAAUGGCUCUGUUGCUCAAUAAUCCUCACACACAAUAUGAAAUCACCAUGUGCCAUUUAUGUUCCACAUGUAGAUACCACUAUUUAUCUGGCAUUUCAUUUGUAUUAAACUUUAACAAGCAUAGUCGAGACCAGACGCCUACUGAGGAGAAAAUGGCUCGAAGGUUUUCUGUUGUCAGAUGAGAUGAUGAAUAAUUGCUCUGACCUUUCCAGUUUGAAGGGCUCUAGACUAGUUGAGUCAGUCUUAAAAACAAAGGGUGGGCUUAUUUAAAUCUAAACCCACACCAGAUGCGGGUUGCAUGCAAGCUACAACUAGGAACAUGAGCACUAGAGAGCGGUGUUUGUAAGAAUGUAAGUAAUAGACCAAAUUAUACCCAAUUGGGAAUCUUCGCACAAAAUCAUUAUUUUAUUGUAGACAUGAGGUAAUCGUAUAUAUUCCCAGUGAAUUUAGCAUAAAGUUUUGUUUGCAAAAUCAAGUAAUUCCCAGGUGAACAGCUACCACUUUAUAGCAAUUGGUACAUCAUUUUGUACGCUUUUUAAAUUGUGCUGUGUAAAUUAUAUUGCCAAGAAUGUGGAAGUGCUUGCAUUGCUUGUGACAGCAGUCAUCAUUCUGAGUUGCUUUUUUUAUUUUAACUGCUUGCCAUUUAAAUAAGCAUUAAGAGCCGUAGAUGAGAGAAUCAAACUAUUUUCUAAAUAAUGAUCAGUGGAUCCUGUGACAACUGUGAACCCCCAAACAACAGCCACCCUGAUAAUUCAGAUUCAAAAGACACUUUGUGCUUGUUUAUAUAAAAUGAACCAUCUCUGUUUCCACAUGUCACAAAUGGGCCGUUUUGCAUUCCUUCCACUGUACAUUAAGUUGGCAUACAGGGUGUCCCCAGUGAAAGCAGUCCAUAUUUCAGUACAGGCUGUUUCAACUGGUGAAAAAAUAUUUCCUUCUACAGUGUUGCAGGAUAUCUCACUGCCCAUUUCUAAUAACCCAAUCACACUUUACCCUCGUUACAUAAUUGGCGUGUCUUGUUUUAUUUGCUGCUGUCUGUCCUCAUUCUAAAGCCCUCUGCAAGUAUGAGCACAAGCCACCGCAGCUCUCCAGAUUGCAAAGGCAGGUCAGGUUGAGUGCAGUGCAUACGCACAUACUUAAGCAGGGGGGGGGGGGGGGGAAGCUGGAAUUUGGCUGUCAUCCUGCCCCACCUUUCCCCCUCCUAACAAGAGGUUUUCAACUCAGUACCUCAGAAAAUAAAUGUUUUUUAAAAAUCAAAUCAAUGUAAGCAAGCUUUAUUCAGAUUCCUGUGUGGCUUUCUAACAAUUUGCGUACAGUGCAACUAACUGCAUCGGAUAUUGUGUACUGUAGAAGAGGGCAGGUGAAAAAAAAAAGGUAAGAUCAACUCAGGAAGUGAAAUUUAAAUUAAAAUAGUAUGAGGACAUAUUUAUAUUCAUAUAGUAUAUAAAUACACCAAUAACCAUCAUAAUAACAGGAUAUUCACAAGUCAGAUGACUUGCAGUUUCUGUCCACGUUUUAAGGUCGCUACAUUGGAAUGAGUUGAGCCCAUCCAUGGCAAUGGUCAGAGGGAUCUGCUGCUUCGAAGAUCAUUUUGAUUUGAUUUGUAAAUGAUGCAGGUCCACCUUUUGUGGAUAAAGUUGAUAUUGUGUCUAAAGAGAUCUGAAAAUGUACGUGUUUUUUUUAAGAGGAUAUAGAAAGUUAGAGCUUGAGUGCUAUGAGAUUGGGGUUUUCAACAAUGCAAAACAAGGAAGUGGCUCCUGUCAGAGAUAAUGUAUAGUGUUGAAACAUUAUGGAACUUGUAGAUCUGUCUUCUGAAUAAAAGGUCCAAUAAAGGCCAAUUUCAUUCUCAUUUUCACAGCUGUAUAAAUCUCUGCUUAUAACAUUUAAUAUAUACUGUUAUUACCUCUAAGAAUCUGGUCUUUAAUUACUGUUUUGUUCACAUUGUUUUUACUGACAAAUGUAACGCUAGAUACUGCAAGCUUAUUAGGAUUUUUUAAUCAAUCAGGGAUGUUUUGCACCAUGCACUGUUGCUGGGUAGAUAUGAAACGAUUAGAUUAUUACAGUUAAGGAAAAGAAACAACAGUAUUUUUUAUUUGUAUUUCUUUUGUUUUCAAAUCAAUCACAAUUUGUCUCUGUUAUAAGAUAGAAAUAAAACAUAGAAUUUG